AUGGCGAGCUCCAACAAGGUCGCGACAGCAUGCGAAGCUGCGGGAGCCAACAAGGAUAACACCGAGACUACCGGGAAACAGCACGAGAGCGUGGCAUCCUCUGCUAGCUUUCGGUUUCAUGACCUCCCCGCCGAAAUUCGACUCGUCAUCUGGCGAAUAGCGUUGUCUAUGGAGGCAGUCAAUCGCCUCGUGCUGCUGGAUACAAGGUCCCUUGGGCUCAUGCCCAGUGCCCAGCUGGUCUCGGUUUUCUUGCUGGUCAGUUCAGAAAGUCGUGGCGAAGCCAAAGAAUUCUACAACACCCAACUGGACGUCCAUUGUUGCACGCGAGACAUGCGUGGAAAUGCCACAUAUGGUGAUGUGAAAGGCAUGUUGUACUUGAACUUUGAGACCGAUUCUCUCCUUGCGGGUGCCAACCCCUUGGGCAGAGACUAUUGGGAACGGCAUUCCUGGUACGCUCAGCCUAGACCGCGACCUGUGUAUACACCGCCGCCGGAACAGUCGCGAUACCCUCACAACGUACCCCGGAGCUAUCUCACGACGAGACUUUCGGACAAGCACUGCGGCCUGGUCAGGCGUAUGCACGAAGUCACACCCAGCCUUUCAAUUAAGGUGCACUGGGAGCCGGUGUACUGCUGGGACCGCGGCUACCAGAGACUCGGCGCUGCAGCACGUGUGAUCAGGACCCGCUGCCACUAUGAGAAGUACCCAAACGUCUGGAUGAGCCGGUUGGUGGUGACGACCAGGGGGUAUAACCUGAACAUGCUGAUAGAUGACUAUGCCUCCUUGACGGCCGGGCAGCUCAACGACAAGAUCAGCCACAGACUCAUCACCUGCGGCCGGGGACCGGUCCUUCCCAUCGAGGGGGAUUCGACCGAAUUUAGGCCCGGCCCAUAUGGCAAGAUGUAG